UCCGGCUUGAGGAUUCCGCUGCCACGACCACUGCCGCCGCUCAUUCACCCAAGUGUACCUCCUACGUGCCUGGGCAAGCCACUUCUAGCCUACCUACAUCCGGUCUACACAGUCUUAUCAGCUCAGCUCAGCUCCACGCGUUCACAUGGCCAAGCCUAAAAGCAAACAACGUGACCUGACUAACAUGCCUGGAGGUCCGGAAUAGCAAAUCAUCGCACAAUGCCGCCUCCUCGUACUCGUCAAACCCGCCAGAGCUGCGACCGGUGCCACGCCCACAAACUGCGUUGUCCAAAACAGCCUGGCAACGCCAUUUGCAGCCGUUGCUCCAAAGCCGGAGCCGCAUGCGUGUACAGCCCCGUGGGCACGCUACCCGCCUACCAGGACCUGGCUGCAGGACUGGGUGAUGAUGCCCUGCCCCUUUCAAACGGUGCGACGGACUUGGACUGGGGCAACUUUUCUUUCGAUGACAUCCUGGGCUUCUCGUCUGUUCAGCCUUGCGAUGUAGCAUCAUCUCGGCUUGGUCAAGCACCACUGAUCCAAGUCCCGGCUGACCCUCGAUCUCAAUGCUUUGAAGAGCUCACUGCCAUCACGGCCACUCUAGAUAGAGCCACAAGGGGCCUUCCCCCCAUUGACAAAUUCCACGUCUCUGGCCCCGAUUCCAAGAAGCACUGCCUUGAGAUAUCCCAACAGUACAGUCACAAAGAGGCUCUCGAACUCCUACUCGCCGAGACUCAGAAGCUCGUCGAUGUAUACCCUAAAGCUAUACAAUUCGCUCUGGAACAGCGCCCAAGCCCGGACUGCAGUGUGCCAAACUGCAUACACACCUACAACUCCAUUACCGGUCUCCAAGACGAGCCCUUUGCAAACUCGGCGCAGCUGAUAUCAAAGAUCGACUUUCCGCUACUAAACCUCCUUCUCUGCUGCCAUUACCGAUGUGCCGAUGUCAUGGAACUCGUCCUCUGUCACGUCCAGCUGUGUCUCAGAUUCCUCGCCGCGGCCAUGCAGCAGGAUGUCCAGCCUCACGAGUUUGACGUUCCAGAGCUCAAAAUUGGCUCAUUCACCCCGUCACGGCGAUCAUCGCCUUCCAUCAUCAUGGCGAUUCUGAUCGAUCUCCAGUCCUCCCUGGCCAGUUGUGUCCCGCGACUCAGCUCUGCGCUGAACGAGAGGGAAGGGGACUGUGGCAAGGAAGGCCGCAUACUUUUGCUUCAAUGCGAGCUACUUGCAGAGAGAGCAAAUUCCAUUGUAGACCGACUGAAGAAGCUGAGAGAUACUCUCAGCAAUGCAGGGCUUCUUGCGUAGAGUCUAUCGCGGCCAAGCGGGCAUUAGUGUGUCCAACGACGUAAAGGUUUCACAUUGGCCGCUUCUUAUUGAAACCAAACAUUAACACCAA